AUGGGCGACGAUGUGACGGUGCGAUCCCUGUCCGCGGAGAGUCCGGCCGGCGAGGCUCCAGGAACGAACUCGCUUCACCUUGCCGGAUCGACCUUGGGCAACAACAAUCCUAAUGCACCAGACUCGCAACCGAACUCGCCGGUGGCCGAAAACAACGAUGACGAUGAGGAGUCUAAACCUCCUGCGCCUAUGCAAAAAAGGCGAAGAGUCACCAGAGCCUGUGAUGAAUGUAGACGAAAGAAGAUCAAGUGCGACGGCAAGCAACCAUGUACCCACUGCACUGUGUACAGCUAUGAAUGUACUUAUGACCAGCCUUCCAACCGGAGGCGGAAUCCUGCACCACAGUAUAUCGAAGCCCUGGAACAACGACUGCAGAAAACCGAAGCGAUCCUUCGUUCUGUACUACCAGGACUCGAUCUUGAGGAUCCGAAGUUCGAUGCCCGCUCUGUGGAACAAUUAAUCGAGACGUCACGAGUCAAGUCCAGUACCAAUCUCGGUGUCAACUCAAACGGCGUCAGCGGUAAGGCCCAGGCAUCAUCGGUGCCCGACAUGUCGAAGCCUGAAGACGACGCGCAGUUGCAGUCCAUGGUCGAUCGAGUUGGCGCAUUGGAUCUGGACCACGAAGGACAUUGGGAUUUCCAUGGCCACUCGUCUGGAUACGUUUACAUGAGGAAAUUCCGGGCCCAAUUCGGCGACUCGUAUCUCGACUCGUUUCGCAACCGAAACAAGAACAUUCAACAGCUUUUUGAAUCACCCCGAUCUGCCCAAUCCUCCCCGUACGAAAUCAAUCUCCCCCACGGUGUCGACUUGCCCCCGAAAGAAGUCGCCAUCGAACUGUCACUCAACACCCUGGAUGACUGUUGUGCUCUUAUGCGUCCAAUCCAUAAACCAACCUUUCUCCAACGCCUACACUCCCUCUACGACACUGAUCCUGAACAAUGGAAUAACAACCACUUGCAAUUCUUGCCCUUGCUGUACGUUGUCAUGGCCGUCGGAGGUUUGUUCUCCAAAUCGGAAGACAAAGGCACCACGCUUGACCUCAAAGGUUACAAGGAAGCAAUUGAACAGGGAUAUCAAUACUUCAACGCGGCAAAGCAGAUGCUUGACAUCACUGACUGCCGAGACCUCGUGACAAUACAAGCCAUUGUGUUCAUGAUCUUGUUCCUCCAGUCGAGCGCCAAGCUCCCAGUAUGUUAUGCGUAUCUGGGUAUUGCACUGCGAGCGUGUUGUCGAUUGGGUCUUCACCGCAACGUUCCGAAUAGAUUUAACCCGAUCGAACUCGAAGAGAGGAAGCGCAUAUUCUGGCUCGUCCGAAAGAUGGACUCUUACGUUGGCGCCGUUCUCGGACUUCCGCAGAUGCUGAGUGAUGACGAUAUUGAUCAAGAGCUUCCCAGCGAAGUUGAUGAUGAAUAUAUAACAUCGGAUGGUCUCCGGCCUAUGCCAGCCAAUGCUUUUCCUCUCAUGAAAGCGUCGAAUGCACAUACCAGGUUGACUAACAUAUUGAGGAAAGUCGUGAGCUAUAUCUACCCCGUCAAGGGGGUCAGCGGCAGUGGAAAUGCCGAUUCAAGGUAUACCAUCAGCCACAAGCGCAUACGAGAGCUUGAACGAGAUUUGCAGAGCUGGAUGGACCAGCUGCCCGCGGAGCUGAGGCCUUCCGAUCACUCUGGAAGGGACCUUGCCCGAGUGCAACAGCUUUUACGAAUGUCCUAUGCUCACGUUCAGAUGAUGGUAUAUCGACCCUUCAUCCACUAUGUAUCGCAGGCCUGCCAGUCCAGGAACGUGGAUAAGAGGAGUUUUGCCUGUGCAGCGGCAUGCAUAAGCGUCGCUCGGAACAUCGUCCACAUCACCACUGAAAUGAAGAAACGUGGCCUUCUAGUCGGCUCGUACUGGUUUGUCAUGUAUACGACUUACUUUGCGAUUCUCUCGCUGGUUUUCUUCGUCCUCGAAAACCCGCACAGCCCUACAGGUCAAGACAUUCUGAAAGAUGCGAUUGAGGGAAGAGACACCCUGGCUUCCCUUGCAAAACGCAGUAUGGCAGCCGACCGGUGCAGUGCCAGCUUAGCGGGUCUCUUCGAGGUUCUGCCGGAAAAGCUCAAGGAGCGACGAAGCUCUUUAAAUGCUGCCACCCAACCAUCCCGCAAGCGGCCACCUCCUGUCGUGACCGAAAACCAAGAGAGACAACCCGCCGCCAGUGUAUCGACGCCCAGCAGCUUAAGGGAGCACUCAGCGACUCCUAGCCGCACGAGAACCCUGCCUUCGGAUUUCCUUGCCAAAUUGGCAAAGAGAAAUUCCAUGCCUGAUCCCCAUGCACUCGCGGGUCUAUCGGAAGGUACCUCUACACAUAUGCAGAAUCAGCAAAUGCUCGGCUACCAAAGCCCAGUCACAGCGUCACCGAUGUCGAGCCAGUUUGAUUUCACACCACAGAUGGGGUCUGCCCAAAUCCCAGACCUCAAGAACGUCAUGUUCCCCAGCGAUAAUCCAUUCGCAUAUCCUAACCAGCCAAUCAGUACUCUGGAGUCUGGCGACGGCUCAUUUUCCUUUACGGAUCACAGCCUUGGGUUCAGUGACCACAACAUGGCCGGGACGCCUACCACUGGCACGGCGGCGAUGUCAUUGCCAACACCACAAUAUGACCACAGCUUUUUUCAACAGGGUGUCAAUGAUGCCUCGCAGGCGGCUCAGCCGUUUGGAAGCCAAAGCGGACAUUUUGGUGCUCCAAUCACGGACAUUCUGAUGCAGAAUGCGAUCGGAGGCGAACACAUGAACCUGGGUGGGAUACCGAAUUUCCGUGAUUCCAUAACAGCAACACCGACAACGGACCCAUCACAGUCAACACAGCCCGACGACUUCUGGAAAGGAUCGACGAGUGCGACUGUUGUCCCACCACCAGGGUUGGAAGACUACCUCGACAACGACCGAUUGGGGUGGGAUCCCAACUGGAACGAUCAUCACUACUACGCGACCUGA